AUGAUCGGCGACCGGCAUUUGGUACUAUACGUGUCCAUUCUCAGUAUUAUCACAUCCGCUGUCGUUACAGGAAUCGUGCUUACACUCCCCAUGACGUCAUCCUUCGUCACCCGCGCUAUCCGCGCAUCGACUACGCGGCCGGCGGACUUUGGGGAGGUUGUGCGCGCGGAAGGUCGGAGACAAUGGGGGGAAGUGGAAGCUGACACUCUCGGUGGAAGCAGACCCGCGGGUGCGGAGGCGCAAGACGGGAACACGCAAGGAGAGGGUCAGACGCAGAAUGACCCGGAUUCACGGAGAGAAGAUUACGGUGAAAGGGCCGGAGCGGCGGGAGAGGCGGGAGCGGCGGGGGGAGUGGAGAACGAAGAGGGAGAAGAGGGGGGAGAGGAGGCAGGGAUGAUAGUGGGGGCGGACGCUAGCGAAGAGGACGCCGCGCGCAUGGCGGCGAAUCUUACGGUGUGGGAGGAAGACUCGUGGGAUGGCGUGCAGAUGGUCGUGCAUAUCAAGGAGCACACGCUGCCCGCGUGCCUGCUGGUGCUGUGCCAGGCGCAAGCGUACGCGGCGCUGCAGCGCAUGCAGCUGGGCGUGCUGUGGGACACGCGCCUCUCGCACCUGCUCCCCCGCGUGCACCUGCGCGACCUCUUCCUCCCGCCCGACCUCCCCCUCCGCACGCGCCUGCCCCCCGGAUGGGCGGGUGUACAGGGCGGGAAGGUUGUGGCGGAGCGGGGGGGGAAGAAGGAGGAGUUUCAGUCUCUAAAGGUGCGGUUGCAGUGUGCGGAUCGGGGCCAUCUCCCGCUGCCCUUCCACUCGCCCACCUUCAAUCUGCUCGUCUCUCAGGACGCCGCGCCCUUGCUGCGGCACGGGGUGAGGGCCUGUGUGCACGCGGUGGGCGUGGAGCGGUGCUACAGGGGCCUGCAGCCCACGCGGCACAUCAAGCGCCUGCUGGCGCGAGAGAACAUCAAGCGCACGCGAGCCGCUGUCGCCGUGCUCAUAGAGGACCCGCGCUACAACCGCAUGCGGGUGCCGUCCUGCCCCACCCACACCCCGCUCUCUGCAUGCACAGUCCGACGAUUACUCGCAUCAUUCCUCUCGCACCCAGCCAUUGACUUCACAAUGGCAGCAGCCACCGUGCCAGCGCACGCCGUCAUUGCAGCCGACUCCUUCCACCCCUCGCGUGCGCCGCACCUGCCCUUUGCUUCUCUCGUGCGUGGGCUGGACUGCUCGCCCUUUGAGGGCAUGCCCGGCGGGUGGGAGGCGCGGCUGGGCGCGGAGUGGAGUUUGAGGCGCAAGGGGAAGAGCGAGCACGAGCUGACUCUUGCGGAGGCUGUUCGCUGCACCCAGUUCCUGACGGCAGAGCUGCUGCUGCUAACUGAGGCGCCCAGUCUGCUCUACUCCUUCCCCUCGCCCGCACUCAACCUCAUCAUGGCGCGUGCUGUGGCCCGCACACCUUCUUUCCACCUCAUGGCCCCCUCGCUUUGUGGCGCGCCGUGCCCACCGCCACUGCUCCAGCAGAAGUUUGCCGAGCACAUGAUCGUCGAUGAGGAGCUGAAGGUGGCGUACUGUGCGUUACCCAAGGUGGCCAACACGAGCUGGAAGCUCUGGUUCCGCCUCUUCCGCGUCAACGGCAACGCCACCGCUGCCUUCGGCGUCCCCGACGACACCAACGCCACCGCUUCUGCUGCUGCUGGUGCUGCUGGGGCAGCAGAGAGCGGCGGAGCAGCAGCAGCAGCAGGGGGAGGAGGAGGAGAGGGGGGGUUGAAGCUGAGUGCGCGGGAGUUUAAAGCGAUACACGUGUCGGAGGGCAACGGCAUCACGGAGUUGAGUGAGCUGGGCGAGCGCGAGGCGGUGCGGUUCCUGUCGCGCCGUGACGUGCUGCGGUUCACGUUCGUGCGCAACCCGUACACGCGCGUGGCGUCCGCCUUCCUCGACAAGGUCGUAAAGGCCCGCGACUUUCUCAACAACGGCAGCGCUCGGCUGUACUGGGCUCAGGCGCUGUUCAAGCGGGCACCGCAGUACAGCAGCAUGAUGGCACGGCAUCCAGACGGCAACUUCUCCUUCCCUGAGUUCGUGCAGCUCACAGAGGGAGCGCUGCAGCACCCGCCCACCGACAACCACAUCGACACACAGGUGGAGCUGUGUGCGCUGGACUCAAUCAAGUACGACUUUGUGGGGCGACUCGAGAGCAUGAUGGACGGCGUGCAGUGGGUCAUGCAGCGCCUGGGCACGGAGCCGUAUGGCGUGUUUGACAGCGGGCACACACUGCAGGCCACUGAUGCUGACAAGAGAAUCGCCCGGCUCUAUGACAAGUCCGUUUUCGAGAUCUUGGGGAAAAAGUUCGUCCGUAGUAAAGCGAUUUGGAAAAAGGAUGCCUCGCUCACUUCGGAUAAGGGUUCUCCGGCUGCUAUUGACAGGGAAGCCCUGUUGAAGACUCGACGGAAAUACAAGGAGUCGCUGUGGAAAAUUGCAUAUUAUCUAUCGUCAUGUAUCUUCUGCUACUUGGUGACGUCUGGAGAGCCCUGGCUCACAGACACGAAGUACUACUGGAUCGGCCCUGGUUCGAAAGUUUGGCCAGAUCAAACAGCAAAGCUGAAGGCCAAGGUUGUGGUGGUUUCCGCGAAACGUCCUGUACAGCUUCUGUUUUGA